CUCUCUCUCUCUUGAAAUCCCAGAAGAGAAGUACAAAGAAGACGAAGUAGAGAGAGGUGCAGAGAGAAGAAGAGAGUAAAAAGCUCAGACCCCACCACAAGUCCAAUAUGGCCCAGCAAUCCAACGGCGGCGAUCUGGGCACUCAGCAACAGCAGCAGCAGCAGCAACAACAGCAGCAGCAGCAACAGCAGCAGUGGAUGCAUCAGCAUCAGCAUCAGCAGCAAUGGAUGGCCAUGCAGUACCCAGCAGCGGCGAUGGCGAUGAUGCAGCAGCAGAUGAUGGUGUACCCGCAGCAUUACAUGCCUUACGCUGCUGCAGCUGCCCAUCCUCAUCAUCCUCAUCACAAUCCCUACCAGCAGCAGCCUCAGGGCGUGCCUUAUCAGCAGCAGCAGCAGCAGCCGCCGAAGCAGCUGCAGCAGUCUCCCUCUCAGAAACAGGGGCCCACCGAUGAGAUCAGGACCAUCUGGGUGGGCGACCUUCACCACUGGAUGGACGAGACUUACCUUCAUGGAUGCUUUGCUCACACUGGGCAGGUUUCCUCAGUAAAGGUUAUACGCAAUAAGCAAACUACUCAGUCUGAGGGAUAUGGAUUUGUUGAGUUCUUUUCACGUGAAGCAGCUGAAGAAGUUCUGCAGAGCUAUAAUGGUGCUGCAAUGCCGAAUACAGAGCAGCCUUUUCGUUUGAACUGGGCAACCUUCAGUGCUGGGGAUAGACGAGCAGACACCAGUUCUGAUCUAUCUAUCUUUGUAGGAGAUUUGGCUACAGAUGUGACUGAUACUAUGUUGCAGGAGACCUUUGGCAGUAGAUAUUCAUCUGUCAAGGGAGCGAAAGUUGUUCUAGAUGCAAAUACUGGUCGUUCAAAAGGUUAUGGUUUUGUUAGGUUUGGUGAUGAAAAUGAGAGGUCAAGGGCCAUCACUGAAAUGAAUGGUGCGUAUUGUUCAAGCAGGCCCAUGCGCAUAGGUGUUGCAACACCCAAAAAAUCACCUGCUUAUCAGCAACAGUAUUCUUCACAAGCGUUGGUAUUAGCUGGUGGUGGACAUGCAUCAAAUGGCGCUGUUGCUCAAGGUUCCCAGUUUGAUAGCGAGACCAAUAACACAACUAUAUUUGUUGGAGGGCUUGAUUCCGAUGUCAAUGAUGAAGACCUCAGGCAGCCUUUUUCUCAAUUUGGUGAAGUUAUCUCGGUGAAAAUACCAGUCGGAAAAGCAUGCGGUUUUGUUCAGUUUGCUAAUAGGAAGGAUGCUGAGAAUGCAAUGCAGAUGCUGAAUGGAACGGUUAUUGGAAAGCAAACAGUUCGUCUUUCUUGGGGCCGCAGUCAGGGGAACAAGCAGUGGAGAUCUGAUUCAAGUAACCAGUGGAAUGGGGCACAUUAUGGAGGACAGGGUUAUGGUGGUUACGGACAUGCUGCGCCACAGAGUCAGGACCUGAGCAUGCAUGCUGCAGCCGCAGUUCAUGGGGCUUCUUAACAGGGCUAUCGGAGUUGCCAACAGCAUGUAAACUGAACUUACAAGAGUGGCUUUUUAGAUAUAGUUUUCAGUGCCUUUAAUUUAAGUAGGAUUGAUUUAGCUGGUUAUUUAGCUGAAUCUGUAAUGUGCCGAAUUUUGUUACCGGAUUGAAUUGAUAUCUUGAAAACAAUGUGUGAUUAAUAUUUGAAAACUUGGUUUCUUUUUUUCUUUUUUAAA